AUGGGCCAAAAACACAGCAAACCGUCCCGAAACCUGGGCAAUACCGGCAGCGCUCAAGCUAGGCCAAAUCCCCCACCACCAGAUCAGCCGCCUCCAGCAUAUGAUGCUUGCGCGAAAGCGACAUGGUUGCCCCGAGAACAUGUUCUGACCAUCAUCGAGAGCGUAAAUCUAAUCAUGAAAGAGGUGGUGGUUGAGCUUGAUGGCGAGCUCAAUUCUCCUGAUGUACUCGUGGCCGCGGGCCAUAUUCGCGAGAGCUGUACAGUGGCUGCCAGAACGGUUACCAGAACCAAGCUACCAAACACGACCUCCGAGUUUCUGUUCGAUGAUAUCAAGAAGUGCCGUGCGGAACUUGUGGAACUAGGUUGCGUUCUUAAAAUGGGUGUAGCAGAGGACAAACGAGUGGCAGUCAUCCUGAUCCUUGCCAAUGCGGUGACGAAGGCUGCAUACGGAGCCAAGUCAGAUAGUCAGGACUACCGAACAGCGGUAUGGGCUGCUCUGAUAGGUAGAUUUAUGCACGAGCUUGCGGCGGGAUUUGCUAUUAAGAAGUGGGAGAAAAUACAUGGGGCUUGGCCAUCUAAAGUUGGUGUCUUGCACCGGGGAUUUGUUUAG